UGGAGAAAGGAGCGCCGGGGCCCAGCAGCCUGCGCUCGCACUCACUGGCUGUGCCAAACACUACUCCACCCAGUGAGGCUGACAGUGUCUGCGGUCAGCACGGCUGCGCGUGCUGCCUUGAGAGCAGAGUCUAUUUGUUUCACGGCCAGUAUCCAUUCGUGUACGACAACACGGUGGUGGCCGCAAAGACCACAGAAAAUUCUUCCAUAGGCCAGUGCGUGAUCACUCUGUACACCCAGUGGGGCCCACUGCCGGUGCCAGUGUUGUGUCCCUACUGCAAGCACCAGAUCGUGACCAAGACCGUUUAUAGUUCGGGAUUCCUCACCUGGAUGCUCUGCGGCGCCCUCGCGACACUCGGCUGUUUCCUUGGCUGUUGCCUGAUGCCCUUUUGCAUUAGGGGUUGCAAGGACAUCUCCCACGUCUGUCCCGAGUGCAGCCGGGUGCUGGGCACCUUCCGCAGGGUUUAGGUUUUCCCGCUGUGGCCACGGAGUCUUUGACCCGUGAGGAAACCCAUGGCUACCUCCUCGGUCUCCGCCAAGGGCUCCUCGACCUUCAAAUUCCGCCGCACCAGCGGCAGCCCACUGCGCAAAACCUCGGCCUCGGGCUCACCCGCUCAUUCCUCGGCGCUCGACACAGGGCCAGCCUUUCAAGAUCGACGCAAGGAUGAGGCGAAGCAAACGAAGCGACCCGACCGCAACGCUCCAGAUGAGGGCUACACCUAUACUCCUCCUGUGCCACUAAACACCUGCGCAGGCAGCCCCCUCAUGGUGUUCGGGCAACCAGGGCCAGUGUCCAUCGUGACAGUGUUCAGCAGCUGGGGUCCUCAGCCGGUGUCGGUGUCGUGCCCGUACUGCAAGACGUUCGUGACGACACAGGUGUGCCCUCAGCCUGGACUACUCACCUGGCUCAUGUGCAGCGGGAUGGCCAUGCUCGGGUGCGUCGUUUUUUUUUUUUUUCAUGAAAGCAUGUGUGCAUGGAGGGCGCUGCGCACUAUUACAGAGCCAGUUUCCUCUAGCUUCACGACACACAGGUAUGAACAUAUGCGCACACUCGUAUAAAUGCCGCAGUGAACUGCAUAUUGAUACAAAUUGCACUGAUUUUUGUAUAUAUUCCUACACAUUGCAAUAAGCUCAUUGUACGUUACUUUUUGAAAUAGUAAAAGGCGGACUUUUUAAAAUCAGUGCAGAGAAGAUUGCGUAUUUCUUUCUUCCACGCGUUCACCAUGGUAGCGACCGUGGAUAUCUCUGUAUUAGUGUCUGAUAACCGCUGAAUACGUAAUUUAGUUAACGUUUCCAAGUUCGCUUCAAAGUGAACUUGUAAGGCUAAUUAAAUGAUGAAAUACUUAAUGGCACAUUGAUGAAGUGAAGCCGGUCACUAGUCGAAGCACGUCCAUUAAGUAGGAAUACAGAGACUAGCCCGCGUUUCUAUAUAUCCGUCCUCAAACUACGUCAUAAAACCCACCGGCGUCCGCUUUUCCCCGUAUCACACAA